GACGUAUUGAAUUAUGAUUGUUGUGGUAUGUAUAUGUGAAUAUAGUGGAGAAAUUAUAUGUGAAUAGUUAAGGGUUUGUUGAAAUGGUUUUAUUUAGUUGGGAAAUCCUAUUUAUCAAGCGCUCAUUUGAACUUGGCAGGAGGAAAUAAUGCCGAGGAAGAGCAAGGGAUCAGGAUUGGCGCGGUCGAAAUCCGUGAAUGAGGAGGCGCCAAAAAAUAAAGUAGCUAGUAAAGGGAAGAAGAAACUGAAAUCUGAUCCAGUGAUUGAGGAAGAGUAUUUAAAGGACUCUGAUGAAGCUGGUUCUGAUGAUGGUGGUUAUGAAGAAUCUGGUUAUGAUGAUGCUGAUUCUGCAGAUGGUGUAUGAGGUAGAUGAGGAUGUGGAGGACGACGGUGAAGGUAGUAAGGAAGAAUUUGAACAGGACAAAGUGAGCUACCAGGAUCUCCUGAUCAAGUUAUUGCGGGAAAAGAUUGAGAAAGGGAAGCGCAAGCGAGGUCAUAUUGAGAAAAGGACAGGAAAGAGGGGCAAGCUAAAGGUUGAGAAGACGAAGGGAGAAGUGGCGAAGGAGAAAGGGGUUGUCGUUAAAACCCAAUCAAGAAGUACGCAGAAGUUACUCUCUGAACAUUAUUUGAAAUCCAUGACAUGGAAAUGUUUGUUGGGAUUUCUGUGGUUGGGCCUUUGUAGGUAGUUGGGAAAAUAAACUAAAUUACUAAAGAUUAAUUGUAAAUUGUACUUGAGUUGUAAGUUAAGUAUGGUAUAUUGUGGGUCCUUAAUUGGAUGUGCAAGAUUAAAAUCCCUUAUAGAAUAUUCACAAGUAAUUUUAAUGGGAUUGUAUAAUUAGUGUCUC